AUGGCAGCCCCCGUGAAUAGUGUGGGUAAACCCUCAGCCGAACGUCCACCGUUCAAUAGUACGAGUUUUCAGAAGAAAACAAGGAGCAAGUUAAUAUCCAUACCUGGUACUAGACCUUCGGUUCAAAAUGGACAGCUCCUAGUCUCCACCGGUGUCACGUCACUCGACUAUUUGCUCGGUGGUGGAUUAGCAGUUGGAACAGUGCUUCUCAUAGAGGAGGACCGAUUUGAUAGCUACUCUCGCAUGAUCCUCAAGUACUUCCUGGCAGAAGGAGUGGUGUGUCGGCAUGAACUUUUUGUUGCAUCAGCUCAAGAUAACCCUGAUGACAUCUUACAGGAACUCCCUGCUCCCAUCUUGGACGAUGUGGCCAUUCACAAGCCUGUGGAACAGCCCAGGCUGUCUUGUGAACCCCAGGACAAUUUGGAUGCUAUGAAGAUUGCCUGGCGCUAUCAGAAUCUACCUAAAGUGCAGAGUGCCCUGGCCUCUUCUUCCCGAUUUGGGCAUUACUAUGAUGUUUCCAAGACAAUGGAGCCAGAAAUUCGCCAGGCAGCCAAGUGCCACCGCUUCUACCUUCCAGAACAUCCCACCCAGUCAUCAACAACAAACAGUCGCAUGAUUGAGUCUUACUCUGCAUUGCUGAAGUCCCUUCAAGAGGUCAUACACAGAGAAGGCUUUGAUUUGUCUACCCCCAUGUCCAUGUCUCGUAAUAUCUUGCGUGUUGGUCUUCACUCUCUUGGGUCAGCUUUGUGGAAUGAUGACCUAAGUUGCCACGACGACCCCAUGCAUAACCACGCCUUGACUACCUUCCUUUAUGGACUGCGUGCCUUACUGAGGUCAUCACUGUCAGUUGCAGUAGUUACUGUUCCUUCUCAUCUUAUUCAGGACCGGGCUCUAAUGGGUAACAUUACCAGGCUAUGUGACAAUGCCAUAGCCUUAGAAUCAUUCAAAGGCUCUGAGAGAGAGACCAACCCUCUCUACAAAGACUACCAUGGCCUGCUACACGUACGCCAAGUACCUUACCUGAACUGUCUGGCGAGCCAACUCCCUGACCACAAGGACCUGGCUUUUAAGCUCAAGAGAAAACAGUUCAGUAUUGAGAGACUGCAUUUGCCUCCAGACUUGUCUGAGACAGUGAGUCGUGUGAGCAGGGGGGAGCUGGCAGGAGCAGUCGCGGUGGCGUCAGCCUGUGGCUCCGGCACUUCCGGCAACAAACACCUGGACUUCUAGAGCUCCCACACAGUCGCUAUAGGCAACCAACACCUGGAAUGCCGCAGCGUUGUCCUCUUCACUGCGGUGACCAGGUUGUUCCCUUGCCCACAUAAUGUCAACAUCUAUAACCCUGCCAGCCAUUACCACCUGCCAACUGACACAGCCAGGGGUGAAGAUCUAAACAUCCACAGUACCUCUUCUCAUAACCGACACAUUUCUUCCUAUAUUUCACAGCUCUUCUUUUAUUUACACUUAGUCUACAUGCUUUUUGUUUUUUUCCUGACUCUGAAAGCUGAUAUUUACACAAUCCACGCUGUCAUUACGGACUCAUUUCACUUUUGUUGCUAGCAAACCUUUUUCUGUUUUUCCUGCAAGCUGCAGAAACAUAGAAACACUGUGUUGUUUUGAAAUGUAAUGUAAAUGGCUGGUAAGGUGAUGAUUACUUAACCUAAAUAAAAUACAAGCUGGGUGUUUUUUUCAGGUUUGGUACAUUUUGUAAGUUCUUUGUUGUUUUCUCUGCCUCUAGAGAAUAUGUUUACAAGCAAAGUGCAGCCGUUAAUUUUUUUUUUUUAACCUUUCUUUACAGACAGACAGGCGAAGUAAAUAUUGAAUAAUUUAACUAAUCUCUGGGCCUCUGUCGACUCACUCCACUUUACAAAAGUCUAUAAAUACAGUUUAUUUUGCAGGUUGAUCAAAUUUUCUUAUGUAAAAGUAAAUAAUAAACAAUAAAUAUACAGAACAUGGCACACACUAUAUUGUGUAUAUCGCCAACUCUGAGGAGAAAAUAGACUGUGAGACUGGGAGGGACUGAUCUCUGGUUUGCCUGACUGGUUUCAGGUUUGGAUAGGGAUGCCUCCAUCUGACCCUGAGACUGUGCCUGUGAGUGAUGUAUACCUCCAGUAAGCAGAGCAGAGCAGGAAUGUGGGCAGAGGGUAGGAGAGCUGAAUUUGGGUGCAGGCUUCACACCUCAUCAGGCAUGUUUGCUGGAUGAGCUGCUUUGCCAUGACAAGCCCAAAAGAACAAAUUAGGUCAAACGGUGACAUGGAGAAACAGAGGAGAACAAAAAAAUCAACAUGAAAAAUUAAAUGUUUCAUUUUUAUUUUCCUCAGUCUGCUGUUGAUGCCAGUUUGAAUAUUUUUGCUCGUAAAAACUGGCAGUAUUGGUAACCAUCUGCAACACUUGUCGGGAGAGGGUAGUGUUACCUGACGGAUUCAUACAUGAGUGGAGCGCUCUUGUAUCAGGUGUAUAUUAUGAGCAAGAACGAGUUUUCGUACGCAGGUCGCUUACGCAUGUGAAUGAAAGAUAAAAACGCAUUUUUUUAAAGUUAUUGUUGCUGAUGACAUAUUCAGGGUGCAAAUUAAAGGUAGAUUAAAAUAGAACAGACUCAUUUUGACACGUGUUUAUGUUCCCGUUUCACUAGCAUGCAAGUUUGUUGUUUUUUUUGUUUUACAUUAUUUAGCCCAAGUUUCUAUGUCAGCAUGCUGAUUCACAUUCUGUCUACUCGGUUCAGAAGCACUUGAGCUGAUUGUUUUUUUAAUUUAUAAAAUGUUUUGAAUCAAAUUUAGAAUUUAGCAUAUGACUUAUCAUAGAGCGGAUUUGUCAGCGUCCUCCAACAAUGCAGCGGCUUAUGAUUAGCCAAGUGUUUGCCUGUUUUGUCACCUGUCUUCUGAUUGAUUCAGUUUUGUUGCUCAAAAUGCAAUGCGCCUUUAUUACUAGGUAUGUUACCAGUCUGUAAAUGAAAUCCGUAUUACUGUCGCAUAAGAUGAACAUUCGAUGCUGUAGGUAUAUUAUGCAGCUCUUCCUGAAGUAGUGUGGAGAUUGCACAUCUAUAUGUUUCUUAGCUAAAGCCAACUAUUUGAAUAUAGUUGCUUUUACUUGGGUUUUAUGGAUUGUAUUUUAUCACAUACUAUUAAAGAAGUAAAAAGUG